CAGUCAUGGUGGGCACCCUCCUGAAAUCCCAGACUGUAACCAAGAGCCAAUCUUGCAAGCAGAACUUUCUAAGGGUAGCUGUCUCAGGCCUGCUAUGUUAACUUCACAGACAAUUCAGUCCUGAAGUCAUUAUGUUGGGCAGAGAGUUUUGGGACUGGAAUUAAAUAAAGACAGAGAUGUUGAAAGAAUCCACGGCGGUGGAAUUAACACCCUUGACAUUGAACCUGUUGAAGGGAGAUAGCUCAGUAUAACACCUUCUAUUCAAGGACAGCUGGGGGGGCACUCACUUAUGAAACAUGCAGACAUGAGCAGCAGGAGAUAGCUGACUUUUGGGUUUGGAUGCUGGUCAGGAAAGUAAUCAAUACUGUUACUCCAGCCAGCCACUUGGUGUAGUAAUCAGUUGUGUGGCCUGUGAUGUAUGAGAAGCCAGUAGACUACCAGUUGGCAGAGUUGGUGAGAAAUGUGGGAAGUUACAGAUUAUAUGUGCAUGAAAUACAUUUGAGAAAUGCAGAUGAGGCAUCUUUUAAUACAGCACAUAGAGAAAAGUCUGAAGACUUGCUACAGUGAUUUUCCGCUUUAUUGCACGGUAAAAGUCUACAACUAUUUCAUUGUUUGCUAAGACUUGUAUUUUGCAUUAACCCCUUUUGAUAGCAACAAGAGAUAUUAAAAGGAAAGUGUACAUUCUGUGGAAAACUAAAAAAAUCGAUGUGUAUAUAACUUGUUCAAAACACCUGUUAAUAUUUACCGUCCACCAUGAGAGCUGUAAAGAUGUCACUGAAAAUCAGAUUGGAAACCAGACAGAAUACACAAAUAUGGCAGAGAUUUUCAAACAUGUUAUCAGGUGGUUCAGAUGGUGUGAUUGUACUUUAUGACCUUGAGAACUCCAGCAGACAAUCUUAUUACACAUGUAAAGCAGUGUGUUCCAUUGGCAGAGAUCACCCUGAUGUUCACAGAUACAGUGUGGAGACUGUACAGUGGUAUCCUCAUGACACUGGCAUAUUCACAUCAAGCUCAUUUGAUAAAACUCUGAAAGUAUGGGAUACAAAUACAUUACAAACUGCAGAUGUAUUUAAUUUUGAGGAAACAGUUUAUAGUCAUCAUAUGUCUCCAGUCUCCAUGAAGCACUGUUUGGUAGCAGUUGGUACUAGAGGACCCAAAGUACAACUUUGUGACUUGAAGUCUGGAUCCUGUUCUCACAUUCUACAGGGUCACAGACAAGAAAUAUUAGCAGUUUCCUGGUCGCCACGUUAUGACUAUAUCUUGGCAACGGCAAGUGCUGACAGUAGAGUAAAAUUAUGGGAUGUGAGAAGAGCAUCAGGAUGUUUGAUUACUCUUGAUCAACAUAAUGGGAAAAAGUCACAAGCUGUUGAAUCAGCAAACACUGCUCAUAAUGGGAAAGUUAAUGGCUUAUGUUUUACAAGUGAUGGACUUCACCUCCUCACUGUUGGUACAGAUAAUCGAAUGAGGCUCUGGAAUAGUUCCAAUGGAGAAAACACACUUGUGAACUAUGGAAAAGUUUGUAAUAACAGUAAAAAAGGAUUGAAAUUCACUGUCUCCUGUGGCUGCAGUUCAGAAUUUGUUUUUGUACCAUAUGGUAGCACCAUUGCUGUUUAUACAGUUUACUCAGGAGAACAGAUAACUAUGCUUAAGGGACAUUAUAAAACUGUUGACUGCUGUGUAUUUCAGUCAAAUUUCCAGGAACUUUAUAGUGGUAGCAGAGACUGCAACAUUCUGGCUUGGGUUCCAUCCUUAUAUGAACCAGUUCCUGAUGAUGAUGAGACUACAACAAAAUCACAAUUAAAUCCGGCCUUUGAAGAUGCCUGGAGCAGCAGUGAUGAAGAAGGAUGAAUAUCACCUUUAGUACCUUUGUGUCUCUGCUGAAACUUUUUAAAUGAGACUGUAUGUUUUUUUCAACUGUACAGUCUAUUCCUGACAGCUACAUUAGCCCUAAGUGUGGGUAAUUUUUUUCCUCAUGUUUUAAAAUGAGGUUAAUAUUUGCAUAAAAUCCUAAAACAGACUUCUGUAUAGUUUAUUUAGUCAAAAUGUGUUCCUUGAUCCCAGAUGUUGUGGCCUGGGAAAGCCCUCAUUGCUACAGUACAAGUAACACAAGUCGUUGUACCUCAAUUGUGACCUUCAGCAGAUUUUAUGAGCUAUAAGAUGCAGUCUCAGAGGAUCAGCAAGUGGAGGCCAUCAGUAUUGACUUUCUCUUACUUGCUGCACUAUCAGCCUGCUUGUUUCCACCUUCAAGAAUGAUUUUGCCAAGAAUGAUUAUAUCAAAAAUAGUAGUUGAAAAUGGUAACAUCAAAAUUAUUUUAUUCUUUCUUCUUCAUGUAUUCACAUUUUUCAAUGGUUUCAUUUAAUUAACCAUGCUUUAUGUUAAACAUUUUGGGGCUCAAUGUCUCCUACUAUCCAAAAUGUGCAUCACGGGAGGCUUUUAACUUUGUGAAAAUCCCAUCUUUGCUUUAUUUUAUUUUAAUGUCAGAAGGCAGUUUGCACUAAUGCUUGAACUCUUUUUCAAUGAAACUCAUUAAGGUAUGACCAAAUCCUGCCUCAUUAAUUCAAGCAGAAAAUAUCCUGGCAGGGAAUCUGGCUUAAACAUGAAAUGCUGUAAUAAAAUUUCUAUGUUAUUGUCUC